CAAAACAUAACUAAAGAUUAGGAAGUUUCAUAAACACACACAACCAUGUACUCCAGUCUAAAACGAAGAGUUUCUCAGACAAGAUCCGGAACUUAUAAAAGAAACGAUUGGUUUUUGGACUUUGAGAGAUUACCUUGGAUGGAAUGGAUGGAUUUGCAACCGAUGCGAAAGGGUCAAUACGUGUCUCUACAGCUACUAUAUCCGAUCUUACUCCAAGAAAUCAACAUUGCGAAACCUUCGAAACUGCUGCAUUUUCUUAUUGGCAAAGGCGUUUUAAGUUGGCAGGACGUUGUUGUCAUCCAACAUAACAGACAGACUGAUAUGGAAAUGAAUGCGCCAUUUCUUCGUAUAAUUAUGACAAGAGGUGAAACGGGAUUUUAUGGAUUCCUGGAUGCGCUUCGUUCCAGGCACGGAGGAUGGCAGGGAUACUUGGCAGAUAUGAUUGACAUGCACUUCAAUCCAGCUAUUGUCAGAGAUCUCCUUGAUGUAUUCAAGAUAGUUUGCCACGACUUGACACGACUAACACCAGCAGGGUGGUCAGCGUUACCAAGAGCUCUGGGUUUGUCUGUUGCAAGAAUAGAACGCGCCAGAAGACAAAACAGACUUCUUGUGAACCAAGCUCUUCAUUCGUUAUUGCUGUGGAGCGGACACAGGGAUGAUAAAGAACAUAUCCUGAACGAAUUGUUGAUCGGUCUUGUCAAGAUUCAUAGAGUUGAGAUUGCAGAAAGCCUGGUUCGGCUAGUUGACAUGGUCCACAAGUUGCAAAGAUGGAGAAUUCCAUUGAAAUCGAAAGAAGAAGACGCUGUGUUUGACGAAUCGGAAAGCAGAUCUGAUGACGAACAAACGAGAGAUAAAUCGGAUAGAGUUAACACGCCCGGACUUGAUUCAGGAAUGUCUUUACCAGCUGAAGAGGAUCUUGAAGUAGCUGCCGUGUUUGGUUUGAGUCGAUCUAGUUCACAACAGUCUGGAGGAAAUCUCUUAGCUCCGCGUAGUACAAGCUAUGGAAAGGGCAAAAAGAGAAGGAAUCACCAAAGUGUUGAUUCUGGAUUUGUUUCCCCUGUUCCUUCUGGAAGAACACCAGACCCUCAUGGACUGGGAACGCGAAAGUAUAGAGCCAAACCGCCAAGAUCUCCAAGAGGAAGGAUACAGAGAAGUUAUCCAAAAUUGAGAACCCUGUCAUCGCUUUCAGCAACUGAUAUGCAGGAGAGGAUACAAAAAGGAAGAGUCUACAAUUACGGUCUGAGUCCAAGAGGAAAGAGCAAUGCUUGGGAGAACCGGUCACCGACAAUUCUACAAACGGACUACGUUGUUCAUCCAAACCAUGAUAAUUUAUUCAUGGAUUAUUUGAUUUACCAGUAAAACCGCUUUUGAAGAAAAUCCAUCAAAUAAAAACUAAAUGAAUUUAAUUGUAAUAUAUUUUGGAUGUUAAUGCCGAUUUACCAGUAAAAUGACUUCUAAAGAAAAUCAGACGAAUAAAACUAAAUCGGUCUAGUAUAGUUUAGUACCACAAGUACUUCUAGUGGACGUGGAAUAACAUUUUUUUGCAUAUGACAUUGGCGUGAUUUUUGUAUGACGCAGUCAGACAGGUAUCAGAAAUAACAUGUGCAAAUAUAAUAUGUGCAAAUAUAGUUAUGCUACGUCUACCAGAAGUGCUUGUGGUAGCAUACUGUACCAGACCCAAAAAACAAUUUGAAUGUAAUAUAAUUUGGAUGUUAAUGCCGAUGUAGGAAAUCUGUUUUAUUAUUUCGUUUAGUUUAUUUCUGAUACUGCUUCUGAAUUAUUAAUGAAAUGUAAAAACCUUGAAUAGCACUCAGUUUGUGUGUCGCUCAUUAAAACUUGGUAACUAAUUGAAAUUUUAUCAGCAUGUUAUUGCACAAAAAGUUCACAUAUCAUCAAACUGUUUUUAUUUUAUGUUUCAAGCUAUGAAAUACAUAUGUUUAAGUGGUCCAUGUUAUAUUUUGUUCAGAGUUAUUGGUAUUAGCUAAUAAACUUCUUAAGCUUUGAUGGAAUAUUAGUCCAAAAUUGUACUAUGCUACUUCGUUAAUUAUAGUGGAUUCAUGAUAAAGAUUUUUCUUCGUUAUAAACCAGUGGUUCUUCACCCUUUUUUCAUCAUUUACCCCUUUAGCGAACAAGAUUACAAGAUUUACCCCCAAUAUAGCCAUUGGUGAUCAUUUGUAAACAAUUCGUCAAGCGAAGUAUAAAGAUCUCAAACUUUGUCCAACAACAUUUUCUCCGCGAGAGUGGGUUCGGCGAAGAAAGAGUGGUGG